AUGCUUAUGGCGUCGAUGUCAGACAGUGAGACGACAAACCGAGGCAGCAUGUGGGAACUGGAUCAGAACCUUGAUCAGCCCAUGGACGAGGAAGCCAGUCAACUGAAGAACAUGUACAGAGAAAAGAAAUUUUCAUCAAUUUUGUUACUACGGCUCGCGUUUCAAAGCCUUGGGGUAGUAUUUGGUGACUUAGGUGGCACAUUUGCUCUUUAUUCUCUGCUGUGCCGGCAUGCAAAGGUCAGCACUAUACCCAACCAACAUAAGACAGAUGAAGAAUUAACAACUUAUAGUCGGCAAACUUAUGAGGAGAAUUCACUUGCAGCAAAAGUGAAGAAAUGGCUAGAGGGGCAUGCAUAUAAAAAGAACUGUCUUCUUAUUCUCGUUCUCAUUGGUACCUGUACCGCCAUUGGAGAUGGGAUCCUUACUCCUGCAAUAUCAGUUCUUUCAGCAGCAGGUGGAAUAAGGGUUCAGAAUCAGAAUAUGAGUACAGAUGUGGUUGUAAUCGUCGCGGUGUUCAUAUUAAUUGGCUUAUUCUGCAUGCAACACUAUGGGACAGAUAAAGUUGGGUGGCUCUUUGCACCAUUGGUGCUCCUUUGGUUUAUUCUAAUUGGGAGCGUUGGGUUAGUGAACAUACACAAAUACAACAGUUCUGUUCUAAGAGCAUAUAAUCCAGUCUACACCUUCCGGUAUUUCAAACGAGGCAAGUCUGAGAUUUGGACAUCUCUUGGAGGGGUCAUGCUUAGCAUCACAGGGACUGAAGCAUUGUAUGCUGAUCUAUGUCACUUCCCUGUACUGGCUAUUCAGGCUGCCUACAUUAUUGACCACAAGGAUCAUGUAGUUGAUGCCUUCUACCGCUCCAUUCCAGAGGCCAUAUACUGGCCAGCCUUCGUCAUAGCAACUCUUGCGGCAGUAGUUGCAAGUCAAGCAACCAUAUCUGCUACCUACUCAAUAAUUAAGCAAGCUCUUGCACUGGGCUGUUUCCCCCGUGUCAAUGUUGUGCAUACCUCGAAGAAAUUUCUGGGGCAGAUUUACAUCCCUGACAUCAAUUGGGUACUUAUGAUUCUUUGCAUUGCUGUAACUGCUGGAUUCAAGAAUCAAAGCCAGAUAGGAAAUGCAUAUGGCACUGCAGUGGUGAUUGUUAUGCUAGUUACAACAUUUCUCAUGGUCCCAGUGAUGCUGCUGGUAUGGAAGAGCCACUGGAUACUUGUUGUCAUCUUCCUUGUACUCUCCUUGACGGUUGAGCUCCCAUACUUCACGGCCUGCAUAAAUAAAGUGGAUCAAGGUGGCUGGGUUCCACUAGUCAUCAUAAUAACCUUCUUCGUCAUCAUGGCCAAGCCUUGGCCUUAUCAGGGUCCCUGGAUAGGCUUUGUGUACACAGAGCUGGCAAGUGGCGUCCCUCACAUCUUCUCCCAUUUCAUCACCAACCUCCCUGCCAUCCACUCGGUUGUUGUCUUCGCUUUGCGGAAGUACCUCCCGGUAUAUACAGUGCCGGCCGAGGAACGGUUCAUCAUGAAGAGGAUUGGGCCAAAGAACUACCACAUGUUCCGCUGCGUCGCAAGGUAUGGAUACAAGGACAUCCACAAGAAAGACGACAACUUUGAGAAGAUGCUCCUCGACAGGCUCCUGAUCUUCGUCAGACUGGAGAGCAUGAUGGACUUGCCAUCCGACUCCGAGGACUUCACCAUGAUGGAGCAGAAGGCCGAGAGAUCCACCAGAUCACUUCAGCUGACCGAUAAGGCUGGGGGCAACACGAUGAGCUCCAUCGGUGACCUGAGCUACUCAUCACAGGACUCUAUUAUUCCAGCCAAGUCACCCCUGACCGGGAACAGCCUGACAAGGUACUCAAGCCAGACAUUCGGCGACGAGCUGGAGUUCCUGAACCGGUGCAAGGACGCCAAGGCGUCGUGCACAUCCUCGAACACCGUCGUGCUGGCGCGCAGGGACUCGGGCAUCGUGAAGAAGGUCGCCGUGAAUUAUGUGUAUGCCUUCCUUAGGAAGCUGUGCAGAGAGAACAGUGUGAUCUUCAAUGUCCCACAUGAAAGCCUCCUGAAUGUAGGGCAGAUAUACUAUAUAUGA